AUGAAGCAAACGCCGUCAGAAAAGAAUUUGGAUUGUGGAGAUUCAAGGAAGAGAGGCCAUAACACCGAAGAUUGUCCAAAGAAGGACAAGUUUUCCCAAGGAUCGUCUGGGACAGAAGGGAUGCAACUUGAUGAAAAUGGAGAAUUGGGACAUUCGUCAAAGGACUCGUACACCGCAAAUCCUGAAGAACGUUACAUAAGUAUAGAAGAGAAUAAAUCAGUGACAAAUCACGAGCAACAGGAAGAACGACGAGAGCGUAGGCUGCAGCAACAUCCCUGUAGAAACACCAAACACCUAGAAAAAAUAACGACCAGCCACCCAAGCAAGGAUCUGGAGGAAUGCCCUGACAAUGAUGAAAUCCUAACAAUGGAAGAUAAGAGAAACAACAAUGUUAACGAGGGAGAAGGUAACAUUGGAGGAUGCCUCGAAGAAAAGACAAUACUUAUGAGAGCAGACCCUGCGACGAAAAAGAGCGACCAACCAUCACGAAUAAUUAUGAUCAGAGAGGAGGAUACGCCACUAUGCAAAAGGAACUCAUUAACAAUAAACCUGAUCUUGAAGACUCUCGGCAUACAAUGA